AUGAUAGGAAAGGAAUUAAAAGAUAUGUUAGAGCUUCUUCAUCCCUUCUAUCAGGUAGAGUUGAUACUUUCGGAUGAAUCAUCGCCUUCCUAUGGGUAUUUACGGUUAAUCUACCAAGACCAUUUUGCGCACCUAUAUCAUCAUAUUAUGACCAAAGGAAUUAAAACAAAAUUAGUAGAUUACUGGACCUAUAUUUCGCAAACAUCAACCUUUCCCGCUCUUCUUGAUCUGUCAACAAUACUCGAAACUUUCAACGAAGAGGAUCGCAAAAACUUUUUCGAAUGUUGGCUCAAAAACAAAAAUGAGGAUAAUGUAUUAACAAACGAAUUAACCACUUACCCUCAGAUCCCAAAUAGAGAUCCAUUGUUAUGGUGGAAAGUCAAUUCUUCCGCUUCCCAAUACAUUGCUUUAAUGGCGGCAGAUUAUCAUGCACUCCAAGUUGCGAGUAUCCCAUGCGAACGUGUUUACUCUAUAGCGAAGUAUACAAUUAAUCUUACAAAAUUUGACUUUUUGAACAAACAAUAA